GGAUAUUCUGUAUUUCUUAAGAAUCUCUUUGUUGAAGUGAUGUACAUAAACACUCAAUGGUAUUUGAUGCUUCACAUUCUUAUCCUUUGAAGAUGUAAUAUAAUGAACUUCAUAAUGUUGGCCCUUACUGCAUGUGUGUCAAGGGUAACCAAAGGAAACAAAAUUUUGUUGUUAGAAGCUUCUAUCUUCUUGUUAAUUUCUUCCUGCUCUGCGUACGGACAAGAGAAGGCAACUCGACCAAAUGCUUUUGCUCGCUCAACAGGCCCUCCUGAAAGAAAGUAUAAAUGGUGUGUUUAAAUAAAAUUUAAAAAAAUAUUCAGUUUACAACAUUAAUAUUACUUUUGUAUUGU